CAAGAGGUCGAGAAUGUCAACUAUGUGGCGAACAACCCCUACUCAAAUACAUACAAUCCAGGUUGGCGUAAUCACCCAAACUUUUCUUACAAAAACACCGGAAACACAGAAAAUCUGGCCAAUCAACCCCAAGCCCCAAGAAUACUCCAAAGACCCCAACAUUUUCAACCAUACGAGCAACGCUAUCAACCACAAGUAGCGCAACCCGUACUUGCACCGCAGCCGCAACCCAAAGAUGAGCUUAAGGAAUUGCUCCUAAGCAUGCAGAAACAACUGUCUGCUGAUAUUAGACAAACAAACAACGAGAUUCGAGGGAUGAAGAAUGAUCAAGACGAUAUCCGCAAACAAGUCGAGGGAAUCAACACACAUCUGAAGCUCCUAGACAAUCAAGUUGCCCAAAUGGCGUCAUCUUCAUCAAGGCCCAUGGGAACACUUCCUGGAAGACCUGAGCCUAACCCUCGGGAGCAUUGUAAUGUUGUUGAGCUAAGAAGCGGGAGAAAACUUGAAGAUAUUAAAUCCAAGGAGAAACAAAUCAAUAAAGACGGAGGUAAAGACGAUGUUGUCGAUUCCGACCCUGACAUCAAGGUGGCAAAAGAAGACAUACAAGAGAAGUCAUACAUUCUACCAUCACCAUACAAGCCACACGUGCCUUUCCCUCAAAGGUUGAGAAAACGUGACGAUGACAGUCAAUUCGCAAAGUUUGCUGAUAUGCUGAAGAAAAUGGAGGUAAACUUGCCUUUCACUGAAGUUAUCCUCAAGAUGCCAUCCUAUGCAAAAUUCUUAAAAGAUAUAUUAUCGAAGAAAAGGACGAUUCAAGAAGAGACCAUCGCGCUAAACUCUGAAUGUAGCGCAAUUCUGAAGCAUGAGCUACCCCAAAAGAUGAAAGAUCCUGGAAGCUUCUCGAUCCCUUGCACCCUAGGUAAUGUCUCAAUUAAAAAGGCAUUAUGUGAUCUUGGAGCUAGCGUGAGCCUUAUGCCUCUGUCAAUAUGCAAAAUGCUCAACAUUGGAGAACUCAAACCGACGAGGAUGACUCUACAACUGGCAGAUCGCUCAAUCAAAUAUCCCAUUGGGAUUCUUGAAGAUGUCCCACUUAAGGUCGGGAAUUUUUAUGUCCCUGUCGAUUUUGUGGUCAUGGAAAUGGAUGAAGACUCAAAUAUUCCAAUCAUACUCGGACGCCCAUUCUUGGCCACUGCUGGAGCAGUUAUCAACGUAAAAGAGGGUCAUUUGACAUUGUCAAUAGGAGAAGAAAAAGUAGAGUUCAAGCUCGCUCAAUCGCUCAAACAACCCUCCGUGGAUGAUACGUGUUGUUACAUCGACGUCCUUGAACAAUUGGCAGACGAGAUAUUGGAAGAAUUACGCGAGGUUGAUCCCCUAGAAGUGGCCCUCAUGGCAAGCAAAGUAGAGACAUGCGUAGAUCAAGAAGAGGUGAACGUAUACUCCGAAAUCCUUGACGAAGAAGCUACAAUAUGCUCUAUGGAGACGCCUUGCCCCAUACACAAUGAAGUCGACGACAUCGAAUCACCACAACACGAUGAGAUUGUACCUAACAAGAAUUCCAAAUUGCGGUACCAUGACGAAUCAACCUCACCAGAGCUCCAUGAUGUUUGCCUUGUUGAAGAAGCAACCACAAAAACCAAAAACGACAUCGCCCCUUUCUGUGAUUUCUAA